GGGCUCCGCCUCCUCCCGCCUCGCCCUGACGGCCGCGGAAUCCGUGUUCACCAGUGUUCGCAACUUCUCAGAUCCCUGCAGUGUCCCCGAGCUCCUGGUUCAAGAAGUAGGGCGCGGCGCCCGAAACGUCCGCCCAGAGAACCGCUCACCGGGGCCAGAUCCAGCCAUGAGCUACCCAGGCUACCCUCCGCCCCCUGGUGGCUAUCCACCAGCACCAGGCGGUGGUGCCUGGGGAGGUGCUGCCUACCCUCCGCCCACCAUGCCCCCCAUCGGGCUGGAUAACGUGGCCAACUACGCAGGGCAGUUCAACCAGGACUACCUCUCGGGAAUGGCUGCCAACAUGUCCGGGACAUUUGGAGGAGCCAACGUGCCACCGAACCUGUACCCUGGUGCCCCAGGGGGUGCUUACCCUCCAGUGCCUCCAGGGGGCUUUGGGCAGCCCCCUCCCCCGCAGCCAGGGGUUCCACCAUAUGGAAUGUACCCACCUCCUGGAGGAAACUCACCCUCUGGGGCGCCCUCUUACCCACCAUACCCCGGGGCCCCUGUGCCAGGCCAGCCCAUGCCUCCCCCUGGACACCAUCCCCCAGGACCCUACCCUGGGCAGCCACCAAUGACCUAUCCUGGGCAGUCACCAGUGCCACCCCCGGGGCAGCAGCAGCCAACGCCAAGCUAUCCAGGAUACCCGGGGUCUGGGGGCGUCACUCCUGCUGUGCCCCCAGCCCAGUUUGGAAACCGAGGCACCAUCAUGGAUGCAUCUGGCUUCGAUCCCCUGCGAGAUGCUGAGGUCCUGCGGAAGGCCAUGAAGGGCUUUGGGACUAACGAACAGGCCAUCAUCGACUGCCUGGGGAACCGCUCCAACAAGCAGCGGCAACAGAUCCUCCUGUCAUUCAAGACCGCCUAUGGCAAGGAUCUGAUCAAAGAUCUGAAAUCUGAGCUCUCAGGGAACUUUGAGAAGACCAUCUUGGCCCUGAUGAAGACCCCCAUCCUGUUUGACGUUUAUGAGAUCAAGGAAGCCAUCAAGGGGGCUGGUACUGAUGAAGCCUGCCUGAUUGAGAUCCUCGCUUCCCGCAGCAAUGAGCACAUCCAGGAACUGAACAAAGCCUACAAAGCAGAAUUCAAGAAGACCCUGGAGGAGGCCAUUCGAAGCGACACAUCGGGCCACUUCCAGAGGCUCCUCAUCUCCCUCUCCCAGGGAAACCGAGACGAAAGCACGAACGUGGACAUGUCCCUGGUGCAGCGAGAUGUCCAGGACCUGUAUGCUGCUGGAGAGAACCGCCUGGGGACAGAUGAAUCCAAGUUCAAUGCCAUUCUCUGCUCCCGGAGCCGGGCCCAUCUGGUGGCAGUUUUCAACGAGUACCAGAGGAUGACGGGCCGCGACAUCGAGAAGAGCAUCUGCCGGGAGAUGUCGGGAGACCUGGAGCAGGGCAUGCUGGCCGUGGUGAAAUGUCUCAAGAACACCCCAGCCUUCUUUGCAGAAAGGCUCAACAGGGCCAUGAAGGGGGCAGGAACCAAGGACCGCACGCUGAUCCGCAUUAUGGUGUCGCGCAGCGAGGUUGACCUACUGGACAUCAGGGCCGAGUACAAGCGGAUGUACGGCAAGUCGCUGUACCACGACAUCACGGGAGACACCUCGGGCGAUUACCGCAAGAUCCUGCUCAAGAUCUGCGGCGGCAAUGACUGAGCCGCGUCCGCAGCGCCCCCUGCUGCCCACCCGCCAGCAGCGGCCAUGCCAGCAAGAGGCCAGAAGAUAGAUCGCACAAAUCCACACAGUAGCCCCCCGCUAGGCAUGCCGUCCACAGGCCCCCAGCCCUCUGCCCUUUGCCCCUACUGAGCCGGGAACCUUGCCAGAAGACCAGGCUCGCUCCAGACCACCUGCCCACUCAACCUGCUGUUCUCUGCCCACUCGUGCAGGCAGCACCUGGGCUUGUGGCUGAGCUCCCAUCCCAACCCCCUCCAUUGCCAUCGUAUGCUUUUUUUCUCUUUUU